AGGGCGAUGCGGAAGUCAUAGUUCCGUUCACUUCAGUUCAGUCUGAAACUCGUGGUAGCGGCAGAACGGUCACACGCUUUCACACCUCAACACCUCGACCAAACCGGCUUUGCCUCAUCCACGAAAAGGAGAAUCAUGAGCAGCAACUACAGUGUCUCCCUGGUUGGCCCCGCCCCCUGGGGCUUCAGACUGCAGGGAGGAAAGGACUUCUGUCUGCCCCUCACUAUCUCACGGCUGACCGAUGGGGGCAAGGCAGCCAAAGCCAGAAUGAGUGUGGGAGAUGUAGUUCUGUCGAUCGACGGCAUCGCCACCAACAGCAUGAACCACCUGGAGGCCCAGAACAAGAUCAAAGCCUGCACAGACAACCUCAACCUCACCCUGCAGAAAGCUUCCAGUGUCCCCAAGGCUGAUGCACCAAAGAACGAACCGCUGGAGAUCAUUAAGCCUGUGCCAAUCACCUACCCAGCCCCGCCAUCCACAUUCACCAGCCCCUCCCCCCAACCCGGUGCUGCCUACAAUAAGACGGCCCGCCCCUUUGGCGGGGGCAGCARUGUGGGUGYRGUCACUUCCUCCCURACYGCCCCAAARGUGGCCUCMAUCCCYUCUGCAUCGUCUGCUUUCACCCCCGCUGCCCCCUCCUCCCAGCAGGCACAGCCUCCCUUCCCACUAGGCAGCCACUCCCGUUCUCCAGCCCCACCCAUCGCAGCCCAACCCAACUCAGCCCCACCCACCAGACCCAGCUCUGGCCGUUCCCCCUUCACCACCCCCUCCUCGUCCUCCUCCUCCUCCCCGGCCAGAGUGACAGCCCCCUCCUCCAAUCCUGGUGCUCCGCAGUCCUCUUGCUAUAACACGCCMAUMAACCUGUACUCCAAUACCAACGCCUGUGAGGUGGCCAUAGGACAGAGGCGGGGCCUGUUGGAAGCCCAAGGUGUGGUAGUCGACCAGAUCAAAGAACAGUUCAACGGGAACAGAGUUGAACCUGAGGUGAACCAUGCCUCACCACUCAGUGAGGCCAGUAAGAAGCGCAUGAUCGAGGACACAGAGGACUGGCAUCCUCGCACCGGCACCUCCCAGUCCAGGUCCUUCAGAAUCCUGGCUCAGAUCACUGGCACAGAGAACGACCAAGCCCAGGAGAACAGCACUGGAAAGAAAGAGGUUGUUGAGGAUGCCCUGCCCAGUGCUCAAGUCACAUCAGUGAAGACCAUGACCAAAGUCCCAGGAGCCCCCAGGAACGGUACCGGUGUCCCCCCACCCACCUUCAAGACCCCCUCUGCCCAGGUCAAACCCUCCUGGCCGGCUGGAGCUUCAGCAGGUUUCCCUAAGGGUGGAGCGGCGCCCUCUUUUGGCCGGGUCAGCAACACUGCACCGGUACCCAAAGGUCCUGACCGCCCUGCUCCCCAGGCGCACCCCAAGGACCAGGACUCCCUGGUGCAGCGGGCCGAACACAUCGCAGCAGGAACACGCACACCCAUGUGUGGCCACUGUGACAAGGUCAUCAGAGGUCCGUUCCUGGUGGCCAUGGGCAUGUCSUGGCACCCUGAGGAGUUUAACUGUUCCCACUGCCACGCGUCUCUGGUGGAGUCUGGCUUUGUGGAGGAGAGGGGAACAGUGUACUGUGCUCACUGCUAUGAAGAGUUCUUUGCCCCUACCUGCACCAGCUGCAAGCAGAAGGUCCUGGGGGAAGUCAUCAAUGCCCUGAAGCAGACMUGGCAUGUGUACUGCUUCCUGUGUGCGUCCUGCCAGCAGCCAAUCAGAAACAACACCUUCCACCUGGAGGACGGGCUGCCAUACUGUGAAAGAGACUACUAUCAACUCUUUGGUACCAGUUGCCAUGGUUGUGACUUCCCCAUCGAGGCAGGAGACAAGUUUCUGGAGGCGUUGGGAUUCACCUGGCAUGAUACCUGCUUCGUAUGUGCAGUCUGCAGCACCAGUUUGGAGGGCCAAGCCUUCUUCUCUAAAAAGGACAAGGCUCUGUGCAAGAAACACGCCCACACAGUCUAGAUCUGACCCGCCCCCAGGAGUGAAGAACAGAGGAAAACGGAGAAAGAAUCUAUUCUAUCAGAUGUAGAUAUUUUUGGUAGUUUUAAAAKAUUGAUUUAUCUGAUUAUGACAUUUAUUGACAGAGGUAAUUGUGUUAAUGGGAAUAUAAGCUUUAUUUUAUCAUAUUUUGGUCAAACAAAGUGCAUCAUGGGAGAAUGCAUGUUGACUUGAAAGGAGGUAUAAUUUUUCAUGAAAUCUCAGAUUGAAAUGUUCUCUACAUACAGAGCUUGUCUUUACUGUAGUUAGGUGAACAGACAUGUAUAAGGUAGAUACUCAAGUAGCGGCCGGGGGGCCAUAUCUGGCUCAUCAUGACAUUUCCUGUAGCCCUCAACAUUAAUUAAUUUAAUAAAUGCAAAAUCCACUACAUACUGUAUGAUCCCAUAUAAUUGAUGUUGUUAAAAGUUAAUUAAAGUGUUAUUUUAGUAGAUGAAUGGGACCUUUAUAAAAUGAGCAUGAAUCAGUUGACAGAUUUAAAAUCGAACUGUUACCUUAUUGAGAAAAAAUGURUUAUUGAGGACGAUUAGAGCACCCAACCCCGUUUAUUCUCUCUUUCUCCCUCCCCUCCCCAGUGGUUGGGUCUGGAGACAUAUGUAUUUAUCCUGGUAGUAUAUUUAUUGGGGCUGGUGGGAUGUACUUUAUUUGGGGAUUUAUAGGGGCAGUUGCACAUAGUGGUUCACUGUCAGUAAUUUUAUGAGAAGUAGGGUUUUUCCAUGUUUAUCGUUCAAUGUAUGUAUUUAAAACAUAUUUUGGGGGAUUUACUGCCCAUUUAUUUUGAACCUAAACUUAGACACCAUUUUGCGUUUGCUGCUCGUCUAUGUCAGGGUUUCCCAAACUCGGUCCCCGGGUGCAUAUUUAGUUUUUUCCCCCUAGCACUACACAGCAAAUUCAAAUAAUCAAAGCUUGAGCAAGGGCAAAAAAGGGCAAAAAACGAAAUGUACACCUGGGGGGCCAGGACCAAGUUUGGGAAACCCUGCUCUAUGUGGUGUUUAUUGGUGUAAUUAAUUCCAUUACCAAUCAUAUGUCAUUAUUAAUCAUCCAAACUUAGACUAAAAGUAAAAUAUCUCUCCAUUUGUCCAUAAAAUGUCAGUGUUGAAAAUGAUUUGUAUUAGAGCUCUGUGGGAUGGACACUGUUUUAUUGGGAAAUGUAUUGGUCUACUAUUUGUAAAAAUAAAACUACAAUUUCAUAAAGUAAUAAGGAUUCAA